AUGACUGAACCUUUCAUGACAAAAGACGAUAUAUAUGCACCAAGAACAGAGAGGUUUACCGCAGUAAUCUCAAGAAGGCAAAAAACCAAAAGUGGCAAGCCCAGAUUUUAUCUUUAUACAAUGGAUAAUCAAAAUCUUAUUGUAUGUGCUGAAUAUUACUACAAUUCUUUCAUCAAUUUCAGAAUAUCGCAAACAACAUCCAGUUUCGAACCAGAAUCACAAGAUUACCUCGGAAAAAUCGAACAUUCAGAUUUAAGUAGUAAAUAUGCAAUUUUCAAGCAAAAAGAAUCGGAAGAAAAAGUUAAAGUUGCUGAAACAAGUUUCGACAUUAACAAAGUUAAGUUUAGUGUGCAUGCAGAUCAUGAACGUCAAAUGAACAUAUCAUUAUUUGGUAGUGGUGAAGAGCCUAAACCUCUUGAAAGGCAUCCAUUUGCUGAAAUUAAAGAAAUAUACCCUGAUUUGGAAAUAAUUCAAUCAAAGCAAAAUAUUUAA